AUGAUGCAACAAAACAGUCAAGUUCCAGAAAAAACCAAAAAUGUGCAAAAACUCGAACAUGUGGGAAGUAAGGGUAGAACGUCAAAAGCAUCAAUGAAAACGAUAAAUGCUACGGUAGGAAAUAAGGAUUCGUUAUUAAGUACCAUUACCACAACGCCGGACGUUGCUGUUGCCGCUACUAGAAUGAGCUCUUCGAUGAAGAAAAACAACGAUAAUAAAGACAAUUUAAAAUCAAAUGAUAAACCAUUGACCAAAAGUUCGUCGUCGAUCGCCGUUACGAAUCAGACAAGUACUACGUUUGGUAGCGUGCGAGGUGUUAAUAGCUGCGUCGGUAAAGUGACCCACGAAAGUAGUGCAAAAGUAAAGGAUUAUUCUGUAAAAAAGUUUUCUAACGAAAUCGAUUCGAAAUUAAGUAAUUAUCAAAUGCAGGUGGAUUACAAAGAAACGUCUGUAACGAAUCAGGAUUACAAAAGUCGAAGUAGCAACACAAUGACCAAUUUGCCAACGAGAUUUUCUAAUCAAACGUCCAUCCAAGCUUUGCAUCGAGAAAAUCAUAUGACUUUUAAUGUUCAUUCUCGUCCAGUGUCCAGAAACGAUAAUACAGCAUUUGCAGUGGCUAGAAAGGCUUUGGAGCAACAGAAUCCAGUAGCAAAAAUGGCACCAAUCAAUUUCCCUCCAUUGCGCGCACCACAGAGUAUAGUUAAUGUGCGGCAUCCAUCUGUAACCGAAGCUAGGAUAAAGCACAACGAGAUAAGUGGUCUAAAUAUGAAGUCAAAAUUGAACGUAUCAAGUUCUUUGCAAAGUGGCAUGAAAGAUUUGGAACACACCAGGCAAACUUUUCAUAAUUAUGGUACCUCGCAAAUUGCUGGGAUACCGAAUGUUCAGAAUCUGAGCAACGUUACGGCAAACAUUUCGGCAUAUCCUAGGCCCGAUUCAUUUCCACAGCCAACCGUUGCUAGUGUGCUAUUCCCGGAGACAGCACAGUUUCCUCAAUCUCCUCCGUUCAGUACAACGCAAAUUGGUCAACUAAAUCAAUAUCAGACUUAUGAUCCUAGUAGUUUUGCUACUACCCCAGUGAGCGUUAAUCCGGUGAUUCCUCAGUUCUCAGCGGAAAGUUCUAUGCCAUAUCCGCAAUACGAGAAUCCUCCUCAAUUCGUGCAACCAAAUCAUUAUCCGCCCGCCGAUAUGGCGAGCAGUCAAUAUCAAUAUCAACCUCCAGGAGUUGGUCAAAUACAAGAUUCACCGAUGUUCAUCCAAAGUUUGCAAAGUCCAAUAACCGUAGCGGAUCAAUACGCAGCAGCUCCGAAUUAUGCCAGGGCAGUCAGGGCCGAGCUGAUGCCUCGUUUGAGAAGACCACCAAGAUUUAAUAAGUAAAUUAGAGAUAUUUUCCAAUGACACUUCUUUCUACCGUUCUACCAAAAUACUCUAUCAACGAAAACUGGAACUUGUACUGUUAGAAAUGUGACUUUUUGGAGUCGACUAUGGGACACGACUUUAUGUUUUUUUUUUACACUUCGAUAUUUAAUAUAGACUAUUUCAGUAUAGAUAUAAUAUCUAAAUAAGUCUCUUAUAUCGAAGGGCUUUCUUUUUGUUUAUUUUUUUUUUUUCUACGUAGAUUGCGACACGUCCAUGUCGAAUUUAUUCAUAUAACCAUAAUUAAUCAUCGUAUAAUCUCGCGAGAAAAAGAUAAGGUAAAAAUUAUUUCAAUUAUUGAUCCAACUUGAAAUGGAUUUUAACUAAUCUGAAUCGUGAUAGCGAUUUAAUCGUCUAGGAUAACGAUAAGAUAUAAUAGGUAUUUGAAUGAAUUCGCAAAGAAUAAGGACAUCGCAUAUUGGGCGACCAUUUCAGUAUGAACUUUAAUUAAAUGAUAUUAAAUCGACGUCGCCAAAAAUUUUCUAAUACGCCAUUGAUAAGUGACACGGCAGGGGACAGCGCUUUAAGUUCGACUAUAAACAAUAAUAUGGCGUAAUUUAUCAUUGUUGCGAAUAUAUACGAGCGAUGAGGGAGAAAGAAAGAAAGAAAGAAAGAAAGAAAAAAAAAAAAAAAAGAAAAAAAGAAAAAUGAAACAAGAAACAAAGAAAAGAAAAAGAAAAUGAAGAUUAACAAUCUGCAACAAAUUUAUCAAACUGUAAAUAAAUUGUAAGCGCAGAUGAAAAGGAAAAAAAAAAAAAAGAAGAAGAAAAAAAGGGAAAAGAAAAAAUAGUCAUACGUCUUAUAUUAUAAAAUAAUAAAAUAUUGGUCGAGGAACGUAUUCCGACCUAACUUAUUUUCGAAUCUCGCGUCAAUUUUCAACGUGGACGAAAGUAAGGCUGUGCCAGCGCGUGUCGCGCAGGAGUUUCGAGUUUUCGCGAACAAACGGGUACGAAACUAUCGCGUUCACGUCGUGUACGUUGAAUAUGACAGACGAAUGAAUACUGUGAAAUAAAACGAAAUAAAGAGAAAAUGAGAAAAGCGUUAAGUUAAAAGAAAGAGAGAGGUUCGUGAUGUCUUGUAAUACAAGUUCUAAUAUUAUGAGAAUGAGUGGUAUUCUACUACAAGCUAUACUUUGCAUAGAAUUAGUGGGAAGUUUUCCAGUAUUUACAGUAAAUAAACUUAGGUUCAUAGCUAUGUUUUUAAUGUGCUUCACUAUUUACAAUUAAAUUGUACUGAGGGUGACAGCGUUGUGACACGCUGUUGUAUAAAGUCAGAACUGCAGUUACAUUUGAAUGAUAGAGAAUGAAAGAAAAAGAGAGAGAGAGAGAGAGAGAGAGAGAGAGAGAGAGAAAGAGAGAGAGAAUGGCACAAUUAUAAGUUCGAAUUUUAAUAAGACGAAAAAAAAAAAGAAAAAAAAAGAAAAGAAGACAAAAGAAAAAAAAAAGAAACACACGAGGGACAUAAGAGAUGAAUAAUAAAUAUGCCGUUUACUGUAUUCUCUUUGCUCGCAAGCACUAACAGUUACAUCUCUCUACCAAAUGCAUAUGCACAGUGCAAACUUAGCUUCAGCCAAUCGUAUUAUAAUUAUAAUAAUACACGAUCUUGGCAUAAUGUAAUAUUUCAAUGGUGUAUGUUUUUUCUUUAUUAUGGUAGCUCAUAAACUCAUAAGCAUCACUUAUAUGCGUAUGGUUAAUCUAUAAGGAUUCCGUACUAAGUACACAUCACAUGACUUAGGAACAUUUUACACGUGUGUAUAUUCAACUUCUUCGAAUUGCCUUUGUACUAUGUUGACAUCAUCGUAUAUGAGAUUUUCUAAAAAUGAAAACUUUGCAAAACGAAACAUAACAAAACGAAGAAGAAUAAGAAGAAGAAGAAGGAAAAAACAAAAACAAGAAAAAGAUAAAAAGGAGGAGAGAAAAAAAAACAGAAAAGAAAAAAAGGAAAAAAUGAGAAAAGCGAAAAAAGGGAAAAUUAUAUAAAUAGUCAUGUAAAUGAACAUGCAUCACGUGCCCGACACAUAUACAAAUUUGUAUACAAAGCGUAUACAAAUUUGCACUGUGUAUACGCUUGUGUGCACACACGUACAUAUUGCGCUGCUAUUCGAAGAUUUUCAUUUGUUAUCUUUUCUUUUCUUUUUCUCUCAAAAAAAAAAAAAAAAAAAAAAGAAAAAAAAAAAGAAAAGAAAAAAGAAAAAGAAAUCAAAAUUCGUUCGUUAAUAAUGAUAAUAAUUCGUUUCUUUGCUAUUUCCAAAUGUCGAUUUUCUUCGUGCCCAUCGACAACUUUUUUUAAUAGAUAUAUUUUAACUCUUAAAGAAAAAGUGUGUGUGUGAGCGAGAGAGAAAGGGAAAAAGAGAAAAAGAAACCACGUUAAUCUCGUGGAUAAAAAAUAAAACAAAAAAAAUAUGAUGUAUGCAUAUCGACGAUUUCUGUUUUUUUUUUUUUUUUUUUUUUUUUAAUAAAAACUUUUACUUUGACUGUAUAGAGAGUUACGGUCUCAGAUCAGAUUAAAUACGAUUACGAUCGUACGAUUUCUUUUUGAUAUUGUUACGAUAAUUCGACGAAUAAUCUGUGAUAUAUUCUUCUUCUUGAUCUAUUACGUGUUCUACGUGUCACAUAUUUCUAGUAGUAUUUUCCUUUCUUUUUAUUUCUAUUUUCUUUUCCUUUCUUUUUUUUUUCUUUUUCUUUUUUUUUUUAUUAAUUUUCUCUUUUAGAUACACGAUCGUACGAAUGUACAUACGUAACCGUGACACGACGGUAGCUUAAAAAGACGGGGGCCGCAAAAGAGACACGUUUUCGUUUUGACGAAAAUGUGCCGCGUGACGCGUGCUUGGAUACAAAAUCGACAGUACAAAAAUUUGUAAGAAACGAAUUAAAAAGAAAAAAAGAGAAAAAGAAAAUAGAAAAAAGAAAAAAGAAAAAAAAAGUCAGAACGUCUGAGAAGGAGAGCGAAAACGAGUGAUAGAAAGAAGGCGUACUGACGCCUUCCUUGCCGAGAUUUUUUCGACGAAAAUAAAUGAAAAAUGAAAAAAAAAAAAUCUAACUUACAUAUAGGCGCCAUCUUUCUUAAAAGAAAACGUCGCCGUUGGGUUGCGUUUGACCCAUUUUUGCGACAA